AUGGGAUAAAAGUAUGAUAUGCAGCAAAAAUUGUGGUCAUUUUAGAUUAUAAAAAAUAUCAUGUAAAAAUUAAUAAAUUGAAUACAAAUUCUUCUUCUUUCCAUUCCACGCACAAGAAGAAGAAGCGACGAGGACCAUGGAAUUUAAAAAAAAAAUAAAAUAAAAUAAAAUAACCAGGGGUACGCUAGAAAUCUAAGAAAAGAAAGAGGGUUAUUUGUAAUUUUUGGUCUAUUUAAAAGCUGGGGUUGCACACUGAGACUCCAAUUGCUUGUUUUGUUCUAGGGUUUGCUUCUGCAAAACGUUUUGAGCUUGCGAUCGCUUCUCCCACACAGGCAAUCACGCCAUGGAAAGGCACAGAAAAAGCAGAAAAAGAGCAACCCUCCGUCACUCGAGCAAUAUCACUAAUGAAGGCUCAACAGCAAGAGGCCACCAAAAUCAACGAAAACAAAAACCAACAACAACAUUGUUGGAUCUUCCCUGUGCCAUUGUGAUGGACAUUCUAUCAGGACUCUCAACCACUACUCUCAUAAGCUGCAGGUGCGUUUGUAAAACCUGGUUCAAUUUACUCUCAGACCCUUUAUUUACCAAGAUUCGCCUUGCAAGACCCGACGUGAAGGAUGUUGUCUUUCGUGCUAAUGGAUCUACCUACUUGCUUGAGCUUGAAGAUGACUCCAACUUUGUUCAUCGGCCUCACCGGCCACUGAAGAUCAAUCCCGGAUUUGAUCACUUAAAAUUAAUAGGUUCUUGUAAUGGCUUGCUCUGUUUUUCGGAUCGGUUUUCAAGGGAAACCCUUUACAUAUGCAAUCCAAUUUUGGGUGAAUGUGUUCGUGUUCCCAAACGCGAAAGACUGAAACAAGACCCCUCUCAACCCAUUGGUGACUUACAUGUUUGGAUUUAGUCCGGCCUCUGGACACUAUAAGAUAGUAAGAUUACACAAUGAAUUCAUUUAUAGAUUACACAAUGAAUUCAUUUAUCAAAAACAAGAAAGAUUACACAAUGAAUUGGAGGCUGAGAUUUAUACUUUGGGAAGUGAUACAUGGAGAAAGAUUGGGAAUUUCCCGUU